GAGGAACUUGACGGUUGUGGUUGCCGAAACGAUGCUACAGCAUGUUUUGUGGCACAUAGGAAAACCAGUGAAAAUCGAUGCCUUUCUCUCCGAACUUAUUACUGGUCGCCAUUCAACGGGUCUUAAUGCCACUGACAAGAUAUCGGAGCUGAUUCUCAAACCACUGGAAGAAUUGGAGAGGUGGAGCAAAACCAGUUUUGAUGAAAACCCGGUUACUUUGCUGAGUCUCGCUCUCGAGAAAGCACAAUGUACACCAGUGGACAAAACUUUCUUCUGUGUACCUGAUGAGCCAGUAUCACCUGAGGAGCUACAAUCGUUUAUCAUGAAACUAACUGGCAGGCAUUGUCACAUUUUACCAAGUGCUCUUGAACUGACCAAUGAGAAGAUCGCCACCAUCAGCGAUGAAAACAAUGAACACGUAUUUGAUACUCAGUCUAUGAUCGGUGAUUGGUUGAGGCAAAAGGAAACCGAGCAGGAGAGGAAGGAAGAAGAUAUAACUGAAGAAACGAGUUGUCUGGAAACUAGCCAACACAUUAGUAGGAGAUGUGAACUAGAUCACGCAGCAAUUAGUAUCGGACGCUCUGAUCUAAAAGAUGUCUUUCCCGCGAACAAAGUGAGUGAUGGCGAAAUACAAAGUAUCACAAAGUUUCUUGAACCAGACGAACGAACUACGUUAUUCGGUGAUCUUAAAGGAGAAGACUGCAUCUCUGCAAUCAAAACUUGGAUGGAGAAGGAACUAGCGGCAGAUCAAAAGGCAAACUGUCGAGAAAAACUUUUGGCAAAGCUGAAACAUAUUGGAAAGGAAGGUCUCGUCCCUUUGGAAAGCAAGGAAGGUUUGUAUCACGUUGAACUGGUUGAUAUAGCAUUUCGUCUCUUGAUGACAGACGUGUAUCCACUGGCUAGGGCCCUCGGCAUAUCCGAAGAUAAACUAAGAUCAUAUAGAAGACUAUAUCUGACUCCUUCUAACAUGUCCAGAGGAACAAUAGGAGUCUUGAAAAAUAUGUGUAGAAACGACGAGACGACCAGAAGCAUGAGACGUGAACUGUGUGAUAUUCUCAAACACGGGUUUCCAGAAAUAAGUCUCCUGCUGAAGUACGGAUAUGAAUUGUCUCAGGCUGAUUUGUAUGACGUCAGCUUUGGAGAAGGGUCCAAGGAGGCGAACCGCACCAAAAUUCGUGAGAAGUUGGAAAUAAACAGCAAAGUAACAAACACCAUGGAUAUGCUGAAGUAUUGGAGGUCUUUAGUGAAAUGUCCAACAUACAACUGGAGAAAAGCCCUGGCCGAGGCGGUUUAUCCUGUUCUAGAGAAAGAAGUGGCUCUUGGCAUUCUUACAGGUGACAUUCGUCGCAGUGGAAAGCAGGGUGGAAAUGUCAAAAAAUAUCUUCAAGACACCUUCAUACAUCUACAAGCACUAAAUAUCGCCAUUAUUCUUGGGGUUGAGAACAUCUCUUCGGACAAAUUGACUUACGGGGAUGUUCUCAACGUGUUAAAUGAAUCACUGAAAAGCCAACCACCGAAUGAGAAACAGCGUCUAUUCUUGCGCAAACGCCUCCAUGACGAAGGAUUCCGGAACUUUUCGGCUGAACUGACCCAUUUCGAUGAACAUGCAUACUCUAAAAGAAAGGGCAUUCCUAAAGAAAUUGAAAUAGCGAUAAAGAAAGAUGUUGCCACUAAGUUAUCUGAAAUCCUAGAAGUUGAUGUCAAACUCUCCGAAGCAGCAUCGUAUCUCAAGCAAGUCUUGGAGGAGUGGGUUGGUACACUAAGCCGUAAGCCAUUACAGUCGCAGAACCGCAUUCUUCUCAGUGAUCGACUUUUGAAUGAAGGUUUCGUUGAUUUCUCACUUGAAGUCAUGUUAGGUACCGUCAUGAAGGGUCUCGAAGCAAGGAAGCCUUUCGAUGUUACACACGCUCAUGACGACGGUCUCCUGCGUUCUGAAAUUUAGUUAACUA